AGCGGAGCCGAGCCGAGCCGAGCCGAGCCAUCCGAUCGGGCCGCCGGGCCGCCCCUCCCAUGCGCCUGCCGAGCAUGUCCCAGCCCUUCCUGCUGGCGCCCAUCGCCGAGUGCGCCCCGGGGCCGCCCGGCGCCCAGGUCCGCCUGGCGGUGCUGGGCGCCCGCGGCGUCGGCAAGAGCGCGAUGAUCGUGCGGUUCUUGACGAAGCGGUUCAUCGGGGACUACGAGCCCAACACAGGCAACCUCUACUCCAGGCUGGUCCAUCUGGAGGGGGACCACGUUGCCGUGCAGAUCCAAGACACGCCGGGGUGCAUCCAGGCGCAGGAAGACUGCGUGCAGGUGCUAGACUCCCUGUCCAGGUGUGUGAAGUGGGCAGAGGGCUUCCUCCUGGUCUACUCCAUCACAGACUACAGCAGCUACCAGUCAGUCCGACCUCUCUACCAGCACAUACGCAAGGUCCACCCAGAUGCCAGGACUCCUGUCAUUAUUGUGGGGAACAAAGCAGACCUCCUCCACGCCAGGCAAGUACAGGCGAAAGAGGGACUACAGCUGGCAAAUGAACUGGGCAGCCUGUUCUUGGAAAUCUCCACGAGUGAUGACUCCCAAGGCGUCUGUGACGUUUUCCAGUAUCUUUGCAAGGAGGUCAGCAAACUACAGCACACCGGCAGCACGGACAGGAGGCGGUCAUCCAUCAUCCCUCGGCCCAAAUCUCCCAACAUGCAAGAUCUAAAGAGACGUUUCAAACAGGCUUUAUCUUCCAAAGUCAAAUAAACCCCCCUGAUGAGAUCCUGUGUGACUCAAUAGACUUUAUUUUUGUAAACUGGUUAAUGAAAAUCUUUAUUUUUGUACUAAUGCCAGCAGUAUGGAAAUAAGUAUGUCGAAGCUUGCAAUUUCCUUGCCAUUCUCCCUUGUUUGACUGGUUGGGUUAUUUUUACAUUAAAAAAAAAAAAAGUGCUGCAUAGCAACUAAAUAGAGGUAGUUGGAGAAUGGGAUUUUUGCCAGAAGGUUUUGAUUCUGUUUCUGUUUUGGGCUGGGAUUUUCUGUUUUGCACUGCUGAAAUGACUUUUUUGGGCCUCAGUUUCCUGUUUGUAAAAUGGGAAUGAUGAUGAUGUAACACUCACCUGCCUUUAUAAAAUGUUUGGAAAGCCUUUGAUGGAAAGCUUUGUAUGGAGAGAAAAAAAGCCGCUUUAUUAAACAUGAAAAUAUAAA